AUGGUGGUGGUGCCUGUUUUACACUCUGUCUCGCCAUGUAAAUUAUCUGGUGAACAAAAGGGGAAGUUGAAACUUCAGUAAACUUCCAUCAUAGUGUUUUUUUUUUAAUAUUCUGUUUUUCCCCUAACACAAGUCUUAUUUUUGUUUAUUUUGAAUGACCCAAACUAUUAUCGGUUCUUUUAUUAAUUUGAUAUUUUUUCUAAAAUGACAAACUGUUUAUCACAGGAUGGAGAGUGAAGGACAAAUGCUGGAGCGCGUGAAGGCGCGUGGCUGUGGGAGCUUGUCUGCAUGGGGAAGUCUCUCGACUUGCGCCUCGCUGCUGGUGAAACUGUCUUUUUCCUGCUAUGUUCUAGCUAGCAAAUCCACAGAAACUGCAGGUUUCAGUCCCUGCAGGUGUGGUAAUAACUUAUGACCAUAUGAGGAAGGCGGAAGUCCCGCACCUGUGAGAUACGUCACGCCCCGACAAGUACCUGCAGUGACUCGCCCGGCUGAAGACACUCAGACGCUGAAAGACUUUGCAGUAGUCAGACGGAAGUGAAAACACUCUGAGGAUUACAUUUCGGGAGGGUUUUAAACUACUUUUUUCUUAAAUUUUCUCUCGGCGUUUAUUUUCUUUUUCAACCGGAGGACUAAAAAGAGCUUUCACACAAAUGGGGACCGCUUGGAUUGCGGUUUUUGGAGUACUUUUCUUCAUUCUUAAUGUCUCAGUUGUGUCGACUGCAGAGGAGUCGCCAUGUAAACCUGGAUUUGAGUCAGAUUUGUUAAUCUUCAAAGUAAACAGGAAGCAUCUGAAGGCAGGCACAAGACUGGGCAAAGUUGGAUUCACUGACUGCACAGAUCGUACAAGGUUUCUUUUCAGCAUAGAUGACAGUCGCUUCGUAUUAACUUCUGAUGGAGUAUUAACCGUGAAAAGAGCAGUUGUUCUUCAUGAAGGACAUCUGGACUUUUUUGUCCACUCCUGGGACUCACAGGGCAACAAAAUGACUGUUCCUGUCAAGGUCCUGCGACAUGGACAUCACCAGAGGCAACAACAUCCCCAUGUAAGCAGAGAUGCUGAGCAGCACCAUGGAGGCCACAGACACCAGAACCAUGACAACACUGAGGUGGAUUCUGCCAGUAUUAAAGAGACUGCGGGACAUCCAGACAUGGCAGUCCUUUAUUUCCCUAAGUCGAGUAAGGGAUUGAGGAGGAGGAAGAGAGACUGGGUCAUCCCUCCUAUCAAUUAUCCUGAGAAUAGCAAUGGACCCUUUCCAUUUAAAAUGGUUCAGGUUCGCUCCAGUGAGGACAAAAAAAAGACGAUCACCUACAGCAUCACGGGUCCAGGAGCUGAUGAAGAUCCAGUAGGACUCUUUACAAUGGACAAAAACACCGGGGACCUCUAUGUUCAUCAGAGACUCGACAGAGAGAAACAAGCAAAUUAUACGUUGAUGGCGCAUGCCAGUACAGAGGAUCCCAUGGAAAUUAUCAUCAAAGUAAUUGACCAGAAUGACAACAAACCUAUUUUUGAACAGACAUCCUAUGUGGGAGAAGUUGCUGAAUCCUCGCCAAGAGGGACUACAGUGAUUCAGGUUUUAGCCACUGAUGCUGAUGAGCCAGGAAAUGACAACUCGAUUAUCAAAUACACUAUUCUGAGCCAGGAACCAAAGCUGCCCAAUGACCACAUGUUUACCAUUAACACCAACAAUGGAGCCAUCAUGGUUGAAGAUGCUGGUUUGGACAGAGAGACGUAUCCUGAGUACACUCUGGAAAUACAGGCAGCAGAUCUGAGAGGAGAAGGAUUUACUGGAAAAACAAAAGUAGUUUUGAAAGUGACCGACAGCAACGACAACGCUCCAGUCUUUGCUGAAUCUACUUAUCAGGGAUCAGUUGAUGAAAACGCAGUGGGGGUUCAGGUUGUUAAAUUGUCAGUAAAUGAUAAAGAUAAAGAGAACACCCCAGCAUGGAACGCCAAGUUCAAGAUUAUCAGUGGAGAUCCUGAGAAGUUGUUUUCCAUAGAAACAGGAUCCAACAAACAAGAAGGAAUCAUCAAAACUGCUCAGGGACUGGACUUUGAGAAAAGCAGAACACACACUCUAUCUGUUAUUGUGGAGAACGACGUUCCUUUUGCCAUUCAAAUGACCACCUCCACCGCCACAGUGGUGGUGACCGUGAAGGACGUCAACGAGCCUCCAGUCUUUAAAGAAAAGGAGAUGUUGGUUAAUUUUCCUGAAAACUUAGCUUUGGACAGUGUGAUUAAAAAGUGUGAGGCGGAAGACCCAGACUUUGCACGUGAAAACACUGUCAAGUAUAAAAUAAUUGAUGACCCUGAAGGCUGGCUGAAAGUGGACGAGGAUACAGGGCUGGUGAAGGUGAAAACCCUCAUGGACAGAGAGUCUAUUCGUGUGACGGACAAUAAAUACACGGCGCUCAUUGGUGCUUAUGACAACGAUCCAGUCCCAGCCACUGGAACUGGCACAUUGAUCAUUAAGCUUGAAGAUGUCAACGACAACGCCCCAGUAAUCGAAGAACGGAAAGCGACGGUUUGCAGGAAAGCUGAGCGUCCUGUUCUGCUGACUGUGGUGGACAAAGAUGAAGCCGCUCAUUCUUCUCCUUACAGUGUGGCAGUACAUGAGAUGUCCAAGGCCAACUGGACCGCUCAGAUGAACGAAACCAAGACUGGAAUUAAGCUGUUUUUGAAAAAUUCUGACAUUCCUGUCGGAACGUACAAAGUGGUCCUGAGGGUCGCAGACCGCGAAAACCUGGCGCAAGACAGCUCCAUAAAUGUAAACGUGUGCGACUGUCUGGAAAAUGGAGGUUGUAUUGAGGCUAGAAUUGCCGGUGGCGAAACAAUGUCGCCAUUUAUAUGGGGAAUACUUGGAGCUGUGCUGCUGCUGCUGGUGAUUGCAAUUUUGGGAUUGUAUGCAUACAAAAAAUGGCAAAAGAAAGAUGAAAAAAUUGGAGAGCCAUUUGAGAAGGACAUAAUCAGAGACAACAUCUACCACUACGCUGAGGAAGGAGGUGGAGAAGAUGAUCAGAACUUUGAUCUGAGCGUUCUCCACUAUGGCCUCGACAACAAACCUGAUGUAUUGCGAAGUGAUAUGAUGCCUUCGACCAUGUCCCGCCCCACAUACCGAACUUUGCCUGCUAACCCAGAUGAAAUUGGCAACUUCAUUGAUGACAACUUGAAGGCAGCAGAUGAAGACCCUACCGCGCCCCCCUACGACUCUCUCCUGGUGUUUGACUACGAGGGUGGAGGCUCGGACGCUGGAAGCCUCUCAUCUCUGAACUCUAGCAACAGCGGAGAUCAGGACUACAACUGCCUCAACGAGUGGGGCCCCCGCUUCAAGAAGCUGGCUGACAUGUAUGGGGGAGGAGAAGAUGAUGACGACAUGCUGUGAAAGAUGACCACUUGGUUGAAGACCCCACACACAAACGACCCUCAGAGUUCAGUUUUCAGUGAUGAGCUCUUUGCAGCUUCCUCCCACAGGCUUUUGACCUCUUUUAGUGCUCUAAGUUGUACAGAAGUUGGCCUUUUUUAAUUUUCUGGAACUUUCUGGGGAUGCUAAAUGCACUGACAAUGGUGGGAUCAAAUUUCAAAAAUACAGUGCUUUGCUUUCUAGGUUUGUAUUUUUGUUUUUAUAUUCUAGCUCUUUUAAAAAAUUUUGUGGACUAAUUUGGAACAAAUUGAAGUCGAGACAGACAUCAUUAAAGAGCUGCAUGAGUUUAAUAGACACAUUUUUUGUUUUUACUUUUUUUUUUAACAAAUGUUGCAGAAAUAUUAAAUACACUGCUGUGUGACUGAUCUUUGUUUCCUGCAAGAAGACUUCAAGACAUGGUUUGUAAAAUGUGGCUUUUUUUUCUUUUUUUACAUAAACCAUCAAUAUGGAA